UUCCUUCUUCCCCCUUUUUUCCUUUGCAUACUUUUUCCUUUUAGUUUCCCCCUUUUGGACUCACCCAACGAUUCGACUACUCAACAUAGCUCUGAUUCCCUUUCCCCUUUGAAAUUACUCUUCAAAUCAAAACUUUCAACAUAGGGAAUCUGUGAAUUUGUGAAAAUUUUCAACUUAUUCUCAAUAUUGGGCGAUUUCUGAGGGAUAUUUUGGAGCUAUGGACCAAAGAUUUUAAAGCUACAAACUUGAACUUCGAAAGAGAUUUUGAAGCUGCGAACGGGAACAUCGGGAGAGAGUUUGAAGCUGCAUACUAGAACAUCGAUUUUGAUUAAGAAUAUGGUUUUGGAAGACUAUGCAGACUUUUUUGUGUGGUUAGGUGGGGUCAUAGAAUGGGUACCAAUCAUUAGAUAUGUCGGGGGGUAUACUGUCUUUUUUCCAGGGGUUGAUAAAGAAAGAUUAUUCUAUGAUAACCUAAUAACAAUGUACACUAAAGUUGGGGGCAAGGGUAGUAACGUAGUAAUUUAUUAUUCACUUCCUCAACAAACAUUACAAAUGUCUAUAAAGAAGUUAGAAGGGGAUGAGCGUAUUAGAGAGUUAUUAAGAGACUAUAAAAGUUGUAAUGUUAUAUCAAUUUACAUUGAAAGAAAAGCAGGCCCUUUGUUGUCUAUAGAUGUUAGUGGUAAUGUCCUUCAUUGUGAAAUUUUUGUGCCACUGUUACAAUAUAAUGUUGAACAAACAGGGAAUGAGGAAGGGAUUGAGGUUGAAAAUGAGAGUGCAGGAUUUGUUUUUGAGGGAGUAGGGGUUGAGGAAGGGGCUGAGGAUGAUGAUGAAGGUGUAGGGGUUGAGGAAGGUGCUAAGGGUGAAAAUGAGGGUGUAGGAGUGGAGGAAGGGGCUGAGGGUGACAAUGAGAGAGUAGAGGGUGAAGAAGCAGGGGUUGAGGAAGGGGCUGAGGGUGAUAAUGAGGGUGAAGGGGUUGAGGAUGGGGCUGAUGGUAACAAUGAGGGUGUAGAGGGUGAGGAAGUAGGGGUUGAGGAAGAGGUAGGAAAUGAUGAGUCUGAUUCAUCAUUAGUUUCUGAUUGCCCUUCAUGGAUGUUAGAGGAUUUAGAGGGUCCUUGGGAUGAUGAUAUUUUCACUAGUAGGCCUGAAAACUACACAAGAACAAUGCUAGAGACUCUAAGGUCUUUAAUGAGAGAAAGAAAGAAAAACAAACAGCAAGAGCAACAAAAUGAGAAGGGUGAAGGGACUAGUAGGGGAGAUGGACAGUGGUUUACUGAUUGUGAGGAUGAAGAUUUUGGUAAUGAGGGAGAUGGGUGUCCAAUGUGGAUGAGAUGAUGAAUAUGGCUGAAGUAGAUUUGACAGUAGGUAUGAAGUUUGAGACAAGAGCCAAAUUUACGGAUGUGCUGAGGGAUUGGGCUGUGAGGAGGGGAUGGGAUUUGAAGUUGGUGAUGAAUGAAAAACACUUGAUAGUUGCAACUUGUGAAAAUGGGUGUAAUUGGAAGUUGAGGGCAUCUUCAAUCAUGAAAUCCACAAUAUUUUAGAUAAAGUCAAUUAAGGGAGAACAUACCUGUGCACGUAAAGUUGAAAAUAAGCAAGCCAAUUACAAGUACAUUGGUAAAGUAAUUGAAAAGUUUGUAAAAGACAAUCCAAAUGAGUCUCUUCAAUCAUUGAAGAACAAAAUCAGAAGAGAAUUGCAGAUUGACGUUUCCAAAUAUGAUAGUUGGGAGUGGUUUUUUAACCUUUUGCUUAGAGAUAUAGUGUCACAAAAUGAGAGGGGAUGGGCCUUCAUUUCAGAUAGGCAGAAGGGGUUACUAGAGGCCAUUGCUGAACUGGCACUUGGGGCUGAACACAGAUUCUGUUUGAGGCACAUGUACAAUAAUUUUAAAGGAAAAUUUAAAGGGCAACAACUAAAAAAGAUGUUUUGGAAAGCUGCAUUAACUUACAGUGUUAACCAACACUUGAAAACAAUGGCUGAGAUUGAAAAAAUGUACCCAAAAAAAAAUGCUGAACAAACACCAUACGAAUGGUUGGCUGAAAUACCUCCAGUACAUUGGGCAAGAUGUUUCUUCCUAACUAAGACAAAGUUUGAUGUGCUUGUGAAUAACAUGAACGAAUCCUUCAAUCAUAUUAUCCUGGAGGCAAGGGAAUUACCAAUAAUUCAGAUGUUUGAAUGGAUAAGGAGGAAAUUCAUGGGAAGAAUUCAAGUGAAAAGAGAGGAGAUGAAAAAAUACAAGGGGGUUGUUUGUCCUAAUAUCAUGAAGAAAACUGAAGUGCAAAGGCUGGAGAAUAGAAACUGCUUUCCUUCUUGGGCAGGGGAAGACAAAUACGAGGUAAUGCAUUUUAUGCAAAACCACAUAAGUUACCUCAAGGAGCAGUUUUACAGUUGUGGCAUGUUUCAGCUUGUGGGAUAUCCUUGCUGUCAUGCCAUUGCUGCAAUUGAUUAUCAUAGGCUGAAAGUGGAGGAUUUCAUUGAUGAAUGCUUCAAGAAGGAAGUGUAUUUAAAGGUAUACAACCACAUGAUCCACCCAGUGCCAGGGAUGCAUGAUUUUGAAGAUUCAAAGAUGGGAAAAGUGGAUCCUCCUAAUGUAGUAAUCAAGAUGGGAAGGCCAAAAAAAUGUAGAAGGAAGGAUGCAAAUGAUGUGAGGGAAACAACUUCAAGAAGAGGUUUUACCCACACUUGUGCAAUAUGUUUGAGAAAAGGGCACAAUAAAAGAAGUUGCACCAAUCCCCCACACCCCAAAUCCAAAUUCAAGCAGAAUCCCAACCAAGGCAGACAAAGAUCCAGCAAGUCACAUGGUGCAUCAAGAUCUAGAAGACCUAGUACCCCACCUUAUCCACCUUUUAAUGAGAAUGAGACAAUUCAAGAAGAGGUACCUCCAAUUUAUUCCCAACCAUCUCAAGAUUCCAUGCCCGAAAUUGCAGUUCAGCCCCCACUUCCAGUUCAGCCACAAAUUCCAGUUCAGCCACCAAUUCCACUUCAGCCACCACCUCAAACAGCUUCAAGACAACCUUUUAAGAGUAGCAGAGCAACACUAGGUGAGACUAUCACUAGAGGAUUGAAUGUGCAUAAAUCAUCACAUGAACAGAGCAAAUAACUCAACAACCUGUCCAACAAGAACAUCCACAAUCCUCAACAGCUUAUCAGGUAAUUUUGCCAACUCAUAUCGGCCAAGACAAACCAAGAAAAAUAAUGAAAAUACUGAUGGGACAUCAAAGCCCACAGAAAAUGUAUGAGGUGCAAUUGUGGUUCAACUUUUGUCUAUUUUGUGAUGUUUUAGUGAUGGAUUUUGCAAAACUGAUGGUUGCAAAUUAGAAUUUUUGGAUGUACAGUUGUAAAUCAGGAUGAAAAUCUAGUUGUAUACAUGUUUCUGUGAAUGCACUUUGUCCAUUUUGAAGUGAAAUGAAAUUCAUGAUGGUUGUUUUUGUUGU